AUGUCAUUGUUAUUUCCUCAAAUUCCGCAUCAUAUGAAUGGAAUCUUUUGAGCGAUAAGGACCAUGAACAGCUAAUAACAACCCUCUAAAUAUGACAGCUGCAAUACUUUAACAACCCUAUAAAUAUGACAGGUGCAAUACUUUAGUUUUAGCACUACUUACAACUGCUAGAGUGAGUCAAAGAUUAAACUCUGUUUUAGAGCAAAAGAAGAGAAGAGAUGGGCUUUGAGGAUCAGAAGAAUGAUCAGCUCCAGAUUCCGAAGAUCAGAUUCGAAGGUUUGGAUCUGAGCCAGGCCGGGUCGCCUCGCUGGGACUCCGCACGGUCUCACGUGAUCGCGGCUUUACAAACUUACGGGUGUUUCGAUGCCGUCUACGGCGUGACCGCCCCGGAGCUCAAGGGGAUGCUCUUCGGCCGGCCCGUACUGGACCUCUUCGAGCUCGGUCUGCAGGAGAAGCUCCAGAACACUUCCGACAAGCCCUUUCUCGGCUACAUUGGGAAUUCGCUCCCGAAUGUAUUCCCCUACCAAUACGAGAGCCUCCGUGUGGUCGACGCGCACAACCUAGAGAGCGUCGAGAAGUUCGCCCGCCUUCUUUGGCCCGGAGGAAAUCCCAACUUCUGCAAUGCGGCUUGGACGGUCGGUAAGCACAUGCGAGAGCUGGAGCAAAUGGUCGAGAAGAUGAUCCUCGAGAGCAUGGGCCUGGAGAAGUACUUUGUACGGCAAGUAGAAUCGCUGGAAUACGGUCUCCGACUUACUGAGUACGGGAUACCGUCCGAUCAGGAAAACAAACUCGCAAUGCGUUCUCAUGUGGACCCGAACAUGGUAACCGUUAUUUGCCAACACCAAGUAGGAGGACUCGAAGUUCUGAGCAAAGACGGAGACUGGAUCACAGUGGAGCCUUCGCUGGACGCAUUCACGGUCGUGACCGGUGAAGCAUUUGGAGUCCUAACAAAUGGAAGGUUGGAACCGUGCCGCCAUCGCGUGAAAAUAACUAGUAACGAGAGCGGUAAGAGGUACUCUGCUCUGUUUAGUUCGCGACCCAAGGACGGGGUCGUGGUACAUCCUGCAGAAGAGCUGAUAGAUGAAGCGCAUCCGCAACAAUACAGGCCUUGCAACUAUAACGAGUACUUGCGAUAUGUGGCCACUACGAAGGAAGAGAAGAGCAUGAAGGCCUUUUGCGGAGUCGCAAAAGAGGAAACUAGGGCAUGAUUAUCUCGAUUUAGCAGGUGUUGUUGCGGUUGCCCGUCGUACUUUUCAAUCGCAAUUUAGUUUUCUCGUUUUGUUCUGUUUGCUUUGAUCAUCGCUGAAGCUGUCGAUUCUCAUGCUUGUGCGACCUGUUCUAUGUAAUAACAUUGUAUAGUAGUCCGGCUUCUGUAAUUUUAUGUGUUUUAUAUAAAUAUAUAAUAAAUUUAAAAAUUA